AUGAAUUUUAAUUACGUUAUUAUUCUACGUGUUGCGCCACAAAGAUAUUUUGCAUGUUGCAUUUUUGUUUUACAGGCAUCAAGUGUCACUGUUUCGCCGCAAAAAGACGUCUCCGCGGAGCCGUCAAAAACUUCUCAAACAUUCAAUGAAGCAACAGUGGACGAAGCCGUUCGCAAACUUAUUGAACUGAACAAAGACAAACUGUCCGAGUCCCAGCUUGUGGAUCUUAUUGCAUCAUUCUACCUAGUAACAAAUCAGUGCUUAAAGAGAAGUAACGCCUCAUCUCCAACGCAAGUUAAAAAGAAUCAGGAAGACCAGCUGCUGGAUGAGGGAAGGGCACACAACGUAGACAACGAAGACGCGUGCAAAGUCGAUGCGAACAAUCACGCAGAAGAAAAUGAUGAAAAAGACCAAGUCGAACAACGUGCACCCUCUUUGGAAUUCACGUCACUUAGAGAAAGGAAACGUCAACAGUGGUUAAGUGAAAGAGCCGAACUUGAAAAACUGCAGAAUGCAAAUGGUGGCGGCGGUGUGAUGGGUGUUGGCGUUGACCGUCGACAGCCGAAGACUAGUGGUGAUGGGGCUACACGCCUGUCUGGCGCAACUCCCACCACGCCAGCAAUGCCACCAGUCGAAGUCGAUCACCACCGUUUCCAGCAUCGGAACUAUCCCGGUGGCUUGGUCAUCGGCGAAGAUCCGCAGAUGGCAGCGGAGCUGAGGGAGAAGCAACGGCGACAGUGGUUGGCCGAUUUGGAGCGUCAGAUUGAGGAGAAGCGGCUAGCUCGAGAACGGGAGAAGCAAGUGGCCGAUGAGUCAUGCAGUUCAGGUCGCUCUGAGACACCGGUGUACCUUCGCAAAAUUGAAGCAGAGGGAAGAGGAGGGGGAGGAGGCGGAGGAGAGUGGGACCAAGCCAGCCACAUCAGUGGCCAUGAUUUGACGCCUGCAAGAGGAGAUCUCGAAUCCAGUUUCAGACGCGGUCGUGGCAUGGCCGACCUUCAGGGAAAGCAAAACCAGGACGUUAUGACAAAGCGUCAACAGCAAAUGGAGCUGCAUGCUGUAUACGCAGAGCAGAUACGCGAGAAGGCAGAACGAAGGCGUCUGGAGAAGGAGCAAGAGGCCCGUGAGGAGGCAGAGGAAGCGGCGAGGAUUGAAGAGGAACGUGAGAGGCUGCGUCGUGAGCAGGCAGCGGAGGCCUCACGGAGGCGUGAAAUUGAAGCGGCGAUGCACGUAGCCAUGCAGGAAGCGCAGGAAAAUGCACGAAGCUAUGCGGCGCGCGAAGAGGCCAGACGCCCACAUCCACCCUCUACAUUACACGUAGACUCUCGCAGUCAUUUCAGAAACCCCGCUGAUACUCCCAAGUAUUCGCACGCUCCGAGUCGGGUUCAAGAGCGUCUGCCAACCAGAAAUCGAAGGCAAUCCAAUGCAAACCUUGGGGUUACGUAUACACUCUCGAAUCAAGAAGGACCUCACGACGACACACCACAGGAAACGAGGAACAAUUUCGGUUGGAUGACCCCGCCCAACGAGGCAGCUGAAGACACCGCUCGCAUCGGCGUCAUCAGAACUGAGUCCAGCCUGCUUGCUCCCCCGGCCGUCGCGACCAAACACCCUUCCUCUGACUUCCUUUCCGCCAUCACUGAUCCCGACUACGCGCAGCCUGAGUCACCCGGUUUACCGAAGCCCUCCGCCACGAAUCCAACCAUGAGUUCUCGCAAUUCGGCCCUGAAACACGUCUCCCGCAUAAAACAGAAUCUCGCGCUUCGGCAGCACGAACUACGUUCGAUGCAAAUUGGCGAUGGCGAAACGGAUUAG